AUGGCGGGCACGAAGCGACGUUCGAUCCGCCAAAUGGCAAGUCGCAAGCGGUCCAUCUACGUCGAUCCCGAGACCGAGGACGAGUUCGAGGCCGACACCGAAGAGGACUACGAGCCAGAAGAGCCAACAGCCCCACCGCCAAAGAAGCGCAAGACUGUCUCCCGCAAGCCGAAGCCACAGACUCGAAGUCGUGUCAAGAGCAAGCCAGCGACGAGGUCAAUGAAAUCUAUCUUCAAGAUUGGCAAAGCUCGAAAGCCGAACAGCAAGACAGUACCGGAGAAGAAAAAAGAGUUUGCAGGACCGAGCGACAACAAGAUACCCGACUGGACUUCACUACCAGUGGACAUUCUUCGAGAUAUCUUCAUCUUUGCAUCACAACCCAUCCACGAACAGACCAUUGAGGCGACUGCAAACGUCUCGUGGUUAUUCAAGACUGCCAGAGGACUGAAGAACCGUGCGAUGGUUGGGCCUGCGCUCGAGGCGUACUACCGAUCACCAUCGCUGCUCAGUAACCUACAGCCAUGGCACUUCUUAGAUCUGCUUCGGAUGCCCAAGGACAAGCGGUACAUGGACUACAACGUCAAGACUCAUAGUCUGAGCAUAGACGUAAGGCGACUAGCAUACUGCGCGCACAACAGACCCUCCUUCGACCUGGGUCCAUUGGUGGCAGAGCUACCAAGAUUGGAGCACAUGGAGAUCCUUCAUCCACAGCACGAGCCUCCAUUUCGGCCGAUGAAGAUCGCGCGGUGGACAUUUGCACCGCUGGAUUUGUUCAAGAUCAUGGAAGACAAGAACAUUCGUUUGAAGAGCUGGCGCUGGUCGCGAGACAUGAUACCCAAAAAUGCCUUCCUCGAUCUGUACAACAUGAUGACUGUAGCGCAUCAAGGCAAGACAUUCAACCGGCUGGAGAAGUUGGUCGUAUGCGGGUUCAACUAUGAAGAUAGCUCUGAGCCAUCCGAGCCUGAAAACAGCGGCGAUGGGGCCGACGCACCUCUGCCUCCUGGGCUUGCAACUUCCAUCAAUCAGCUACCAGCGCUGAAAGACCUGACGUUCAUCACAUGCGACGUUGUCAUGAAUAAGUUUCUGCAACGUCUACCAAUGAACCUCGAACGUCUUGAGCUGAGCAAUUGCCUCGAGAUCACCAGCGAUAUGCUGCGCGGCUACUUCAGCACAUCAAGCGCGCACCUCAAGGAGCUUGUGCUCAACAAUAACGCAGCAUUGAACUUGAGUUUUCUAACUGGCUUGAAGGAGUCAUGCCCACGAUUGGAAGUGCUGAAGAUGGACUUCCACUACUACAGCGAGAAGAUCAUCGUCAAUGAUGCGGAAGCACUGUACGAUGAGCUACUUUCCGAGGACGAAAUUCCUACGUGGCCAUCUACACUGAGGCAUCUGGAGCUUGAGCAUGCGCAAAAGUGGACGCCGGAAGCCGCGCAGAACCUCUUUCGCUCGCUGAUAGAAGCAGCUCCGGAUCUACCUGACCUGCGCUAUCUCAUUCUUCAUGCGCACAUCAACAUUCCUUGGCGAGACAGAGUGGGCUUCCGAGAUCAAUGGAUCGAGCGACUACGCAGAGUGUACCUGCGCGAGACCAAGGAAGCAUCCAAAGAGCUAGGAUCUCUACGACAGUUCCGUCUGUGGAAGCAGUCGCAGAAACAGAAGAUCAGCGGACGUGAUGAGCCGGGCAAUGAUGAUUCGGACGUCGAGAUUCCUGCUAGCUUUAGGAAAGUGUCCCACGUGCAGAUCUCACCACAUAAGCCAAGCGGAGAUACAGAUGCGUACUCCGACUCUGACAUUCCGACCACCACAGGUCGGCAGCCACGCCGCAGCAAGCGCGUUGCCGACAGUCAAGUUUCGCAAGCCGAAAAAUCGACGUCACCAGAAGCUGAAAGUGAGUCUGAGGAUGAGAGCUCGGCGGAGGACUGGCGAAAGCAGCCAGAGAAGUUCACACAGGGUCUCUGCGAAGUGGUUGAUAUCCGCAUCGACAACCAACGCCCACGCGAGAACCAGUGGACUGAAGGCGACUUCCUUGAUAGCGAGAUCAGUGGUGACGAAGACUGGAUGGAGGGCGCAAGCGACGAGGAACAGGAGGUGUACGCUUGGUGA